AUAAAGGCUAAAUGCGAAUACAUAUCCUGACCCAACAUUAAAUUGAGAGCUUGGAGAAGAAUUUCACAUCGUCGGCAUCCCCAAUUCCCUCUCACGUAAAUCUCCGUAAAACUCCAAAGCGAAAAUAUUACCAGCUUGGUUUGUUAUAGGGAAAAAAAAACUCGAAACGAAUAGACACUAUGCGAGGACGCGUUGCUCUCUGCCUAUCCCUUACGGGACAGGCUCUCGCAGCCCCUGCCAAAGUUCGACGGGCUGAGUGCACCGAAUUAUCAACGACAACACCCAACUGGAAAAUAUCAAACGCCGCUUCUUCGGACUGGCCCGGUGGUCAAAGUGGUCGAGUCGAGCUCUUCGCUCGCCACGUUCCUACGGAUACUUUGGCCGACUGCGACGUGGAAUACCGCCUGAACGCCGACGGGGACAUCGUCGGCUACGAUCCCACCUCCACCCACGAAUGCCUCAACUUCGGCCCAAGCCCCUUAAACACCACCGUCCAACUCAACAUGGACACUCUAGUUCUGAGCAUUCAGAGCAGCUGGACUUGUGAAGGAGACGAAAAGACGUAUUCGGCAUCCGGCGAGGCCACUUUGAAAAGGGACACGUCUCCCGGGGCGUGCUUGGUCGAGCCAUCGCAAGCUGGCGACUCUACGACGUGCCCUAUAGCUGAUGUAGAUGUCGAGGGAAAGCUCGCCGAAGCGUGAGGGUCUUGUAUAGUUAUGUUGGGUAGUUGACGUCUAGGUAGAUACGGGCGUUCUGAGGAUAAAACCACUCUAGAAGAGGAUUCCGGGACGCGAUUUCAAGGGUCGAACACUCACUGAAGCAUCCGUUCGUAUGAUAGAAUCAGUUAAGAACACAUGACAGUUCGUUA